UGACCGAGUCUCGAUCACGUUUCUAAUCCUCGAUCCCUCCGGCUCGUACACUUCGUUCUUAUUUCCCCGCUCCCCUCUUCAUUCACGUCAGAGGCGUCGCGACGAUCGGACGUAGCGAGGACCAGCUAGCUGACUGGGAACGGUUCAGAGUGCCCUACGACUGCGUCGCGUUCGCAUCCCCUGCCUCCUCGAUCGUGGUCGAUCAUUCCCUGGAAGGUGAUCAGUGACGUCCAAGUGAUCCCAGUGUCAUCUUUGUGAUUACGACUCCUGUUCUUCAAACUCUACAAUUUUUAAACUCUACAAUUUUUAUUAGAACUGUGCGAUUCAUUAAGACUACGACUGAUUAAGACUGUACGAUUCUUCAAGGCUGUACGAUUGAUAUUAAAAUUGUACGAUUGAUAUUAGAACCGACUUCGAGAACUGACAAUGAUCUACAGGAGAGGCAGUUGACUUGCGAUGUCCGAAGAUUAGAUCGAUCGAUCGACUUUCUGGGAGAAGGCAGAACGAGGUCCAGAAGAUCGAGAACGAUGCGUUGAGGAGCAUCGAUCGGACAGAGCGCGGGGAUGAGCGAGGCGUUCAAUUAAAGCGUGCCAGAAGCGCGCCAGCUCGAGCGAGGAGCACAAGAGGAAAAUAUUAGUCGCGAACACAGCGUGCCAUGUUGUUUCCCGUUAUCGUAGCCGCGAGACGUUCGCGUUGAAUCGAGAUUUUUCUGUAAAUCUGUGUCAGUGGAAGUGCGAUACAAGCUACGAUCGAACUGAUCGGAUCGAUGUCGAACGAUCGAUCUGACGCGAGUGACACUUGCCAGUGAUAAGAUACACGGAUUUUGGAAGAGUUCCAGGAUACAACGGACAAUGAAGUGGUGCUUGGUGAUGCUGAUUUUGGCCGGUGUCACGCGGGCCGACAACUCCGUCGAUUCGUAUAUGGCAUUCAAGUGCCCGACGCUGAAUUCGCAGGAGGAGAUCGACCUGAACGAGAUAAUGGGCAAGUGGUACGUGGUGGAGGUGUUGGAGCACCACGCCGAUCCUUUGAAACCCUUGACCGGAUCGUACGUGGUCAAUUCGUGUCCGAUCGUGAAGCUGAGAGCGAUCGAGAACUCGUUGAAGUUUUUGUCUUCAUUGAGGCUCCUGUGGACCGAGGGAGCCGGCAAUCUUGAGUACACUUUCCGAAUACCGGACAUCACCAGGAAACCGGGCUUCUGGAUCUCCAAUUCUCUGCAAAACGGUACAUUGGUGCAGAAACAGUACACUCAGUUCACCGGCAGCGUACACGUGAUGAAAGCAGUGGCAUCAGAUAUGGUGUUGACUUUCUGCGCCGCCAGUCCCGACAAUCAACUGUACUCCCUGCUGCUGGCGCGCGAGCAUAUCCUUCAGAAGAGCGACAAACGCGGAGUUCACAAUCUGUUGACUCGUCGCGGCCUGAAGAUCGCCAGCAUUCGAGAGACCUGUAUGAACAGCGCCGUCUGGCGAAGAGGUUCCGUCAAUCUGAUCGGUUUACUCGGCUUGAUGGGAGUGCUCUUCAGCGUCUUCUUCGGCUCUUGGUAGUGGCGAUCUAAGAGCACCUGCGAAUUUCAUCAAACUCGUUAGCUGAUUUGGGCUCCUCCGCGACUUUCUUACUGUUAACGGACGUACGGUUUUUGGGAGAUGAUCUGUUUUUGGGUACAGGGUGGUUUAAAUACGUUGGGAGGGUACGUGGAUUCUUUUAGAGAAAUUGGGGAGUGGGUGACUCUUUAUGGGAGACUCUUUGAGAUGAAAGAAUUUUGAAACUUACAUGACAUGAAAACUCACACAUGACAAAACUUAUAUGUAGCAGAUUUCAAAUCUUCUUGUUUGAUCUCAAAUAUUGGUCCAAUCUUUCACUACAACAAAUACUGCACAUAUUGCCAUACUGUUUGAUGCAGAAAUUUUUUACUGUGCACUGACAUAAGUUGUAAAGAGUAUAUACAAAGUAACUUUUGUUAAAAGUAUGAGUCUUUCAUGCAGAAAUUUUUUGCUAUGCACUGACAUAAGUUGUAACAAAUAUACACAAAGUAACUAUUGUUAAAAGUAUGAGUCCUUCAUGCAGAGAUUUUUUACUGUACUGACUUAAGUUAUAAUGUGUAUGCACAAAGUAACUGUUUCUAAAAAUAUGAGUCCUUCAUGCAGAGAUUUUUUACUGUACUGACAUAAGUUAUAAUGUGUAUGCACAAAGUAACUGUUGUUAAAAGUAUAAAUCUUUCAGGCAAAGAUCUUUUACUGUACUGACAUAAGUUAUAAUGUGUAUGCACAAAGUAACUGUUGUUAAAAGUAUAAAUCUUUCAGGCAAAGAUCUUUUACUGUACUGACAUAAGUUAUAAUGUGUAUGCACAAAGUAACUGUUGUUAAAAGUAUGAGUCCUUCAUGCAGAGAUUUUUUACUGUACUGACAUAAGUUGUAAUGAAUAUCCACAAAGUAACUAUUGUUAAAAAUGUCAGUAUUUACAGUCACUCUGAUUAUAUUUGAACAGAAGAACUGCAAACUGCAGGACGUUUUCCACGUACUCUUCGCGCACCAAUUUUGAGUCAGCCUGUACACCGCGCAACAAGCGUCAAACCUUAACAAAUCAAAAUCACUUCCCAGCGAGCAAUUUCAACCGUCCUGAGAUUCUCGACAAGUAUCCAAGGUUUCUCAGUAGAGUCCAGGUCGAUACAACUUGAUAAGAGGUAACUCUCGAUCCGCGGACGGGAAAAAAGCCCUUUAAUUGCCAACGCAGCUAACGACGCGUCCGCUGCACGACGCAAUCGUAACGAGAAUCUCGCCGAAAGAUAAAAAGAGGAAACGCGAAAAGAGCCGAAGGAAUUCGUGGACGAGAAACGCGGGCCAACACGCUGUCCCGGAUUCCAUUUCUCGCGACAAUGCCAGCUUCCAAGGGAACGAUUCGUUUCCGCUCGAAAUACCGGGGUUGGCCCUUGUUAUCGCGAGAUUUCGUUCCUCCUCGAAGGAGAUCCCUCGAGCGUUCUCGACUGAAACAAUACGGACUCGAUGAUGCCUGUCCGCGUAUUUAUAAUAGCCUAGACGAUCGUUCUCGUCGAACAGGAUCGAAGUUCAAUGUCUCGAGCGUGUCGACUCUUUCACUUCUUUCCUUAAUUCGCUCUGACAAAAUCGUAUAUUAAAUUCAUACAAGCGAAAGAGAGUAAUGUAUAAAGCUUUCAAGAACCUUAAUAAAAAUUCUGAACUGUGACUUCGGUGUUCUAGCGUUAACAUAGGCUCUUCAUUAGUAAAAUCAAGAGCAAGCUUUGAAAUUAAUAUUGUUUUCGCUUCAUCCAGCGAAUACCCCGCACGUGUUAAAGAGAACAGGGGAUUUCGCGAAAGUAGAUUAGAGGAUUUAACAGAGCUUUCUGGAAGCCUACACUUGGUACCUAACUUGUACGCGGGUAUUGACCCGAGAUUAAACUUUCGAUUCGUGAAUAAUCUUGAUACUUUCCUCGCAAAACGCAUUUGUAUCUAAUUUCAUCCUCCAACAUGCUCCUUCAACCCUGUUUUUCUUAAUGAAUUUUCUGACAGAGUAACUCGAAAUCUCGAGCUAGCAUUACUCAACAGGAGGUGGAAUAACAAAAGAGGGGAAGAGGAGUUCCUUGUCGAGUAACCGAUGAAAGAGUCGAACGCAUCGAUCCUCCAGCAAAGAUAAUCCUCGUUUGUGAACGAGCUUCUCCGUGAACAUUAGUCGCGUUAGAUAGAAAAAAUGCAUGUUUGUAUGUAAAUUCUCGAUUCGUGGAUUUAAGAAGACAAUAGUGGAUCGGUUUUCGCGGGCGAUCGGUUGUAGCCGACUAUCGUGCGACAAUUUUCCGAUAGGAUAAGUUUUUGUCGUGAGACUUUGGUUUUAAAUCGGAUCAUAUCGUCAUUCAUUCAGAGUCUUUCUCCUGACUCGAGAAAUCGAGAAAGAUGACGGGGAAGAGCAGUGUACGUUGUACCAUUGUAAGAUAGUUAACAUUAAAUCGUUAGAGAUGAAUAUUAAUAUUGUUCGUGUCAUGAUCGAAGUAUUCGAUCAAUUUCGAGUAAUGUCCUCAAUCGCACUCGCUUCUCAAAUAAGAAUGAACACAAUUUUCUCUUUUUAUACUUAACGAAAUAUUCGUUCGGACGAUGUUUUUAUAUGGACCUUCGAUUCUGCCAGUCUUACGUCUCGUAUGCCUUUUUAUACGACAACGUACAAAAUUCUAUUGUGAAACUUUUUUACCCAUGUCGUUUUAAUACCCGUUUCAAUUUCGAUGCGAGCAUGUGGGAUUUUUAUUCGAAAAGUUUACGUAGAAUUAAUAGUACUUUUGCUGUAGAAUGUUUGCGAAUUUACUUUUAUUUUCUGUUUAAGUUAGCAUUGUUUUCCGAUACGAUUUUCUUUUAAUAGACGGAGAGUCGCACUUGUUCGUUCGCGGCCAUUUUGUUCGUCUACGGCCAUCUUGUUUGUAAGUAACAUCUGUCUCAAACACUUUCAAAAUUUGUCUUCACGGUUGUCAGGUAAUUUUCAACGAUAAAUACCGCAUGUUUAAUAAAGUCAAAUGUUAAAGUUUGAGACGGACGCUGAUGUAAACAACAUGGCGGUGCAAACAAGAUGGCCGUCAGUCAACAAGAUGGCCGUCAAUAAGAUGGCCGUCACUGAACAAGAUGUCCGUAAACAAAAAAGUGCGACUCUAUGAAUUUAAUUAAUUUUGAAAGUCCCACAGACAGCGUGGUAUAGUUAUUUCCUAUUUAAACCGAAAGCAAACGAAUGCGUUUGAGCGGAGACUCGCGUUGUUGAACGCGUGUAAAGUCGCAGCUUCUCGUGACUACGUGAUUCUGGAAUCAAAAUGAUGGAACCGUUAUGGUUUAUUUAAAGUUCUAUGAAAGAAACUACCUGUAUAUAUAUCCUCGUCAGUAUGAAACAGCGUUGAGCAUUUAAUAUAACGACGAUAACGAUAUACAUAUGGGGAACUCGUUAAAUUAUUGUAUACUUGAAUGGCAAUCGCAAAAGUGUACGCCGUGUUAUGUUUUGAAUGCUCUAGAGUCUUUAUUUAUUGUACAAAAGCUCGAUAUAAAAAUGAAUAAAUAAAAUGAAAUAUAUUUCAUUUGAAUAAUAAUACGAUCUAGUACCUAAUACGAUGUAAUCGUAUGCUUAUUAUGUGUAUAAAUAUGAAACAAUAAAGAGAUCACUUUGACGGUU